GAUGGCAGCUCUCGCCGCUUUCUGUUAACAGAUGUUUGAAAAAGGAAAAUGAAUUGUAUUAGUAAAUAAAAAAAAACCUAAUAAGAAUUUCAAAUACAUUAUGGAAUUUACCGACUUGAACAUUGAUUGUCUGCUGAAAAUUUUUAGUUUCUGUAGUGAAUCCGAUCUAUUUAAUUUAUGUCGUGUGCACAGCUUUUUACGCAAUGUGAUCGAAAUGCAUAUAUUUCAACUUCAAAGUCUUGACUUGCUCAUGUGUGGUCACCGCAAUUUUCCAAAGAUUAUAGACAGAACCCAUAUUAUUAUGUCGUUCGAGGAUCGUGUGAAGGUCGCAGCAAACUGGCUAAGUGGACGGUAUAGAGAGCAGCAGUAUUUUCGCCGUUCGAAAAUGUUUGCAACAAAGUUAGUCUUAGAACGAGACUGGCUUUAUCUGACAUUUGGAUGCUACCUAAGUAAACAUCGGCGUCUUAAAAUUGAACCACUCCAGCGUCGCUAUUUUUGUGAAAUUACUACCGGGAAUAAAGCGGAUUUAGCUGAUUUCGUGAAGAGAAACGAUACUAUUUUCGCGGGGCGCGUUUCUGGCAGUUGUUUCAUAUACGAAGAAGAGUACGCUACAGAGCAACAGCUCCACAAUCCAAAAGAAUAUUUGCGGUGCGUAAACUUUUUUGGCGGAAUAUACGCUACAAGUACAGACAAUUGUUCCAGAUUAUGGCAGAGGACAGAAGAACUUGGUUUACUACACCUAGAUCAAAUCAUGGAAUUCAAUGAAUCGUUUAAAGCUUUGCAAUUCAAUACUGAUGGUAAAAAAUUAUAUGGUGGAAUGUACACAUCAGUCAAUAGGCGUGCUCUGCGUGAAAUCGACAUGGAAAGUGAGUUUCAAAGAAUUUUGAAUUCUAAAACCAUAUCAGUAUAUGAUCUUAAAUUAAAAGAUGACAACAUAAUAUUUACGGCUAAUUUCGACACAAGUUUCCGUUUAUACGAUCGGCGUACGGAUAAGGACGAAUGCGUUUGGGAAGAUCCCUUCGACUCAUCAUUUUAUUGCUUAGAUUAUGACGGUCUUUAUGCAGUACUUUGCGGAACUAAAUACCAUAGUCGAGUUAAUCUUUACGACAUCAGAGUCCCUAACAAGUAUAUGCAAUUAUAUUUCCCUCGCGUGGAGCCUAGACGGCGGGACGAUCUCAAAUCAUCGCCAGUGUAUAGUCUUGCCUGUGAUAGCCGUUAUCUAUUCAUAGCUACAGAUCGCACUUUACACGUUUUAGAUUUCAAGGUUAGCUGCGCGGCUACAAAAGAUUAUCGCAAUAUAUUUCAAGAAAUGUACCGAAUAUGAAAGCAGAUCAACCCUGAUGACAAAUUCUAAAACUACUCUGGGAACGUGUUGAAUUAAGUACAGUUGUCAAAUACACUUUGUUCAAGUCUCGAGAAACUUCCCGCAAGGUAAAAAAAAAGUAAACUAAAAUAAAGUUUUUUUCGAAAUUUUUUUUUUUGUAACUUCUAGGAUUUUCUUUUUUAAGUCUUUUAGUAGUUUUCGAAUUUGACAAGGUGCUGAAAGAUGUUUUAUAACCAACUCUCAAAAAAUAUUUUUGAACCAUACGAAUAUGUUUUAGAAAAAUUUUGUAAAGAAUCCUACUUUUUAUUUGUUAAAUUUUGCCUUUCAUAUUGUGGAAUGUUCUAUUAAACGGCUUUUGUAUAAUUUUUUGAAGAUAAUAGAAAAAAAAAAGUAAUUUCAAAAAUUAACGUAUUAUCUGGAUACUUGUUGAGAUUAAUGCUAUCAGAAGUUUUUUUUGGAAAUUUGUUAAAUGAAUAACUUUCUAUAAAGAUAUGUAAGGAGCGUUUUGUUUCCUUACUGGUAACAAGUCCGCCCAAAUACUUGCCAAAAACAGUCAGUCUGGGUUGUCCGUCCGCACGAGAGAAGGAAUACCACUUAAAGAUCUCCUUUCUCUACGUCAGCACAGAUCAGCCGUCUUCCGCACACACCGUGCAAGCCAAUGUUUAUAAGACGACGUAAGAAGAGAAAUUAUAUAUGCCACUUACUACAUAUUACAGCUUCAGAGAAUAUACCUAGCUAGGAAACGUAUACAAACGUUUGAACCGCAUACGAAUGUACAACUUUGUAAAAUAUAGGAAUCAAAUGCAUAAACUCGCUAAAAUGUACACCAAUGUACAAACUUUAAACUAAAAGGAACACAAAUGCACAAACGUUGUAAAAUAGAUAAACCGUACAAAACAUCCAAAUGUAUAAAUCGCCAUAAAAGGAAAAUGUAUUCAAAAUUAUAAACGCAAACAUAUCCAAACAUGCAUAAGCACAUGAAUGCAUACUCGGCGUUAUAAAAGCAUACGAUAGCAAUAGGAUAGUCAUAAGUUAUACAUGAAGGUUCUGAAAAACCAUGCAUUGUACAUAACAGGUAAUAAGUCACACGAGUUGGUGCGUAAGGUAGUAUUAGCGCUAAGAUAUAUAUAAGAGAAGUAUCUUCAUACAAGUCGGAGCUGAGGUUAUAAUAUAGAGGCAGGCAAACCUGCUCGAUCAAACCUAAAAUAGCAUACGCCAACUUAGAUGGAUAAGAAUAUCAUCGCAUACACAUGGAAGUGAGUAUAGCCUAGAACAUACAUGUAACGGGAUAGCGAUGGUGAUCGCGACUAUAAAAGAGCGUGUCGCACUACGCUUAGCCUUUCAAUUGUGUCAUAGCAGCCGAAGGUAAGCGGUCAAGGACUUAACUGGUUAACUUUUACUGACAGGGUUUUUAUUGACCAUUACGGAUAGGGGAUGACAGGUGUGGCUUCGCGGUCAUCCCUGAAUAACCAAUGAACACUCAAGUCUUGCGAGGUGAAUCGGUUAGGAACUGAAGUGGGGCACUGUAGGCCCAGGUUGGUUACUAUGACACUCGCGGCGUGCUCUUCUCUUUACAGAAUCUCGCGGUACGGAAACGUGAACGAGAAAGUCCAGUAAUAAUCGGGAAUGAAUAAGAAGUACUAAAACGUUAAGGUCGCAUCACCACGCUGGUUUUUCCUUCCUACGUCUCUUAAAAUUCGCUUGAAUAUUAUAAUCUCCCCGUAAAUAAGUAAAUAGCAACUAAGAACAAACUCGAAAGUCCAAGUAAAUUUUAUUCUAUAAAUUGUCUUGGAAAGAGUCCUGGAUUGGCUGAGUAUACCGUGCCCAAGAAGACCCGUUACAGAUAUUUUAAAUGUUCUUAGGAUUUUUUGAAUGAAACGCCCUACGCCAAACAGUAUUUCCAAAAGAAUCGUCUUGUCCAGUGAAUUUUCGAUUCAAAAAUGAACUUAUUACCCUAAAUUAAAGUUUUAGAUUAAGUUUAAGAUUAAUUACGAUUGGUAAUUAAUACAGCUUACACAAAUUAUUUGAUAGUUAAAUAACAACAGUUAUACCAUAAUGUUGUUUUCACAAGUUUACCUUGAGUGAAAUAUUUUUAUACUUUCCAAUCCAGUUCGAUAGUAAAUGGUCAACACAUAAUGCCCAAUCUAAGUUUUAGUUAAGAUCUGUUAGUUAUACUAGAAAAGUAAUAAAUCUAUACAAAGACCUAUAGUAGAAAUCAUACAAUUUUAAAAGGUUUCGUUUUAUUAUGAAUUUUUAUAAUUAAAUGUACGUAGCUUUUUCUCCCAUGUUGAAAAUAUAAGUAAAUUUGUUUUACGCUAAAGAACUCUAAGAGUAGAUUCGCAACAUGCCCGUAUAAAUUUCAUACUCGUUUUGACUAUCGCUGUAUUAUGCGAGAAAGCAAAGACAAUUACAGACGCUGUUGAAGAUUUGUAACGGAAUUUGUGCAUGGACGCGGUCAUUUUGGGAGAGGAUUAGGUGUAUUUAGACUAUAAAAGUUAAAAGAAAAAAAGCGAAAACAAACAGAAGAAUAAAUUAAGACCGAGUGGUUUCGCCUUUGGAAUCCAAGUCAUACAAAUGCUACAAAAAAGGGCAUUUUACGAAAAAAAAUUCGAUGACAAACAGUAGGCUUCAUUCGACGUCUCAGUUAAUUGAUAGAUUUUUAAUAUGCAUUUUGUCAACCGUCACUUAUAUAUAUGUACCCAAACCAAAUCGUUUAAAUGAUAUUACUACAAAAUAUAUUGGCCCGUUUUGAAUGUGCAUUUUGUUUCGGAAGCACCAAAAUUGUGCUACAGUCCCUUCCAUGACAUAGGAAAUUUACUUUCGAUUGCAUUGAAAGCGAAUUUAUAUAAACUGCACCAUCAACUUACAAGAAUAAGUGUUAUAAUCAAUUAAAAAAAAAAAA